UGAACAUCACCUUCAGCCAGAUACAAUUACCCUCCUUCCUCCCUCUUAUUCACAAUGCCGCCUAAAGCAGAUAUCAACAAAGCCGGAUGGGAGCAAAGCGAGUUUCCUAUACUCUGCGAGACUUGUUUGGGAGACAAUCCUUUUAUCCGAAUGGUAAAGCAGGAAUUCGGUCGUUCAUGUGGUACAUGUGCUAGACCAUUCACUGUCUUUCGCUGGAAUCCAGGCAGUGGCAUGCGUUACAAAGCAACAGUGAUAUGUCAGACUUGUGCAAAAGUGAAGAACGUCUGCCAAACUUGCUUGCUUGACCUAGAGUACGGACUGCCCCACAGCAUUGGCGAUAC